AUGCGUCGUCUUGGUGACGGUGGCCUUAAUAAUCUAUCAGAGAUGCGCCUCCUAGCCCAAUAUGUGCUGCCAGUCUUUGAUCCAUUUCCGCCUUCAAACAACACUGAUUCUACCAAAGCCGGUAACUCUUCGGAAGUCGUCGAGGCUGGGUCUGCAGAUCACCUUGACCAUGAAAAUUUGGUUCCUCCCAGCUGGUCGCGCGCUGUUGCCAGGUAA